GCGGGCGGAGGGGCGGCGGCUGCGCACCCGAAGAGUGGUCGGCUGAGCGAACGCCAAAGGCGGCGGCGGUCGGGACCCCGACAUGGACAAGCUGAAGAAGGUGCUAAGCGGCCAGGACACCGAAGACCGCAGCGGUCUGUCCGAGGUUGUGGAGGCGUCGUCACUAAGCUGGGGCACCAGAAUAAAAGGCUUCAUUGCAUGUUUUGUUCUGGGAAUCGUGUGCUCAGUGCUGGGGACUCUUCUGCUGUGGGUGCCCAGGAAGGGACUCGGCCUCUUUGCAGUGUUUUAUACCCUGGGUAACAUCACAUCAAUCGGGAGUACCGUCUUCCUCAUGGGGCCGGUGAAGCAGCUGAAGCGCAUGUUUGAGCCUACGCGUCUCAUCGCCACAAUCCUGGUGCUGUUGUGUUUUGCACUUACCCUGUGCUCUGCCUUUUUGUGGAAUAAGGGACUUGCACUCAUCUUCUGUAUUUUGCAGUCUUUGGCCUUGACGUGGUAUAGCCUUUCCUACAUACCAUAUGCAAGGGAUGCUGUGAAGAAGUGCUUUGCCGUGUGUCUUACAUAAUGCACUGCCAGAGUGGAUGAGCACGGGGAGCACGGUGGAUGGAAGCUGGUAGACAGUUCUGUAAAAGCCCUUUAAGCCUCUGUCUAACAGACACGUGCCUUCUACUUGCAGCGGCGUGUGGCUUGCAAUUUGGACAUUUUUGAGGGUUGCCUGUGGGAAUAGCCAUGAGUCCUAGACCCUAAUGUCUGUAACACGAUCUGAGGCUCUGUGGCUUGUGUAGACAACUCCGCUUGUGACCGUUCACCUCUGGGAGGUAUUCCACCGAGUGCUCACAAAGCAGUCUUUGGUAGCAGCAGAUCAGCCUCAGGAGCAACUGAUUCCCAGGCGGCAGCAGGAAGGUCUAGCAGGGCUUCUAGCGGAGCAGCAGGAAGUACAGAAUUUUGAAGAUUUGCCCCUCACCAAGAAAACCAUUGCCACAGCCCUGCACAGCGUCUUCCCUGCUGUUUGAGAACAAGUGAUUCUGCUUAGACCCUGGAAAACUGGGCCGGGAUAUAUUGUUCCUUUGCCUGCGCGUUCCUUUUCUUGCUAUUCUGAAUUCAGCUCCUAUGGAAUGUAUUUCUAGUGUUCAA